UCAUCCUGCGCUUUUAGAGACAUGCUGAACUCUGAAAUGUGGACGCGGGCAGGGACGGAUUAACGAGACGCGCACAUGGACGCGGAUCCCGGCUCCUGAAGCAAUCGGCUGAUAACUUCUUUCUUUCCGCCUUGCUGGCCAUGGAGAACCAGAGCGCCGAGCUGCCGCACAACUAUGAAGAUGUGCAGAAAAGCGGCUACCUCCGCAAACACAAAUCAAUGCACCGGCGCUUCUUCGUGCUGCGGGCGGCCUCGGAGCACGGUCCCGCGCGGCUGGAGUACUACGAGAACGAGAAGAAAUUCCGCAGUAAAUCACCUGUGCCCAAAAAAGUCCUGAACCUGGAGUCCUGCUUCAACAUCAACAAGCGGGCGGAUUCCAAGAACAAGCACAUGAUCGUGCUGUACACGCGCAGUGAGAGCUUUGCCAUCGCCGCGGACAGCGAGGCGGUCCAAAACGAGUGGUACCAAGCCAUGCUGGACCUCCAGUGCAACUGUAAAACUCCUGAUGACUAUGGCAGUAGUGGAGAAUGUAGUUCUCCUUCUCCUAUUCCAACCUUCAAGGAAGUAUGGCAGGUCAAGGUUUGGCCAAAGGGUCUUGGACAUGCCAGGAACUUAGUUGGCAUCUACCGCCUGUGCCUAACUGACAAGACAGUGAACUUUGUCAAGCUCAACUCUGAUGUGGCUGCUGUGGUAUUGCAGUUAAUGAACGUACGCAGGUGUGGACAUUCAGAGAAUUUUUUCUUCAUUGAGGUGGGUCGCUCAGCUAUUACUGGACCGGGAGAGUUCUGGAUGCAGGUGGAUGAUUCUGUAGUGGCACAAAACAUGCACGAGACCUUGCUGGAGGCCAUGAAGGCAUUAAGUGAGGAAUUCCGUCAGCGCAGUAAAUCCCAGUCAGUAGGGACUUCGUGUGGAGGUGGCACUGCUUCCAACCCCAUCAGUGUUCCGAGUCGUCGUCAUCAUCCAAACCUGCCACCAAGCCAAGUUGGCUUCACCAGACGAGCCCGAACAGAGACCCCUGGAACAGGAGGGAGCAGCACAAGCACGUCACCUACAUCACGUCACGGCUUCCCGAGAGCACGAACAGCCAGCAUUGGGGCAAGAUCAGAGGAUAGCAGUGCAAGUGCCAGAGGAACAUGGGCCAGUUCCAGCCCAAGUCUUAAUGGUUCUUGCUCAACUACACCAACAUUGCGGCCCAAGCCCACUAGGGCUCCAACCCCUGCUAAGAUUACUCUCAGCCUUGCACGUUAUACACCUAACCCUACUCCAUCUCCAGCUCCUAGUUUGUCCUCCAGCUCUGGCCAUGGCUCUGAGUGUGGCCUUGUAGGGGCGGCGGUAGGAGGUAUGACAGUAUGUUCCUACACUCGUGUUUCUCAGAGGGUUUCUGUAUCUGGUUCACCUAGCGAUUAUGGCUCCUCAGAUGAAUACGGCUCCAGUCCGGGGGAGCACUCUCUGCUUAUUCCCAACCUUUCUGCUGGAUCCCAUGGACACCCUGCACACGGAGAAGGCUCCUCCAGCUACAUUGUCAUGGGACAGCGGGAGGGCCUGUUUGGGUCACAUCAAUGCACCAAAGCACGACGAAUGCUACGACGCUCGUCCAGUAGGGAAUGUGAGGCAGAACGCAGGCUACUAAGUAAGAGAGCUUCCUUACCUUUGGCAUCUCAUGACCGCCAGGCACAGCAUAGAAAUAGAAAAGAGGAAGAUGAUGAAGAUGAUGAAGAAUAUGCCAUCAUGUCCCACAGUGCUAACAGAGAUACAACUGAGUCACACAGUUCAGGAGAUCUAUCAGCAGUGGGUGGGCAGUCUAAAGAGAGUGGGAAAAGGACUGGAAAAAGCCGGGCAGAUGUUGACGGUGGCUAUAUGUCGAUGCUUCCCGGCGUGACAUCGCCUCCUGUUUCGCUUUGUCUCUCAGUAGGUAUGUCUGAAACCAGUGCUAAACCUGUGGCAGAUGAUGAGUACAUGGCCAUGACCCCCAACAACAGUGUGUCCCCUCCUCAGCACAUUCGGCAACCUAGCUCAGGGGGCUACAUGGUCAUGUCUCCCAAUAGCAGCAGCUCCACAGACCUGCACGGACUUGGAAUGUGGGAUAGCCGGGUCACCAUGGAGGGUAGGAGUGCUAGUGACUACAUGAAUAUAUCACCUGUUAGCAGCCACUCUGCCUGCAACACGUCACCUUCCCACCCAGAGCAGCACCAAGUACAACCUAAAAUGUUCAAUUCUUACUUCUCCCUGCCACGGGCAUAUCAGCACACUCUCUACACACGCUUUGAGGAGGACUUGAACAAAGGAGAUGUGAAAAAAACUAGCAGUGGUCACGAUAGCACUGGAAAAGGAGGGGGAGUAGGGUGCAGCAAGAGAAACAAAAUCACAAUGGGCCCUGCAGGAGGCUGCCAACUCUCUAUGUCUUCCUCUUCUUUCUCCUCCAGCUCAGCCAGCAGUGAGAGCCUGGAGGACAAAUCCAUAUCAACAGGGAGAGGGUUAAGUUUAUUAAGAACGGGAGCAGACUAUAGGAGUGCAGGAACAAGCACAAAAGAUGGGCGUCACCACCAAAAACGUAUAUCAAGUAGUAAGAGCCCAAAGCAACAAAGGAGGGGUCGCCCCCUCAGCAUUUCUUCUGAUAUGACGAAAGCAAACACUCUACCCAGGGUGAAGGAGAAUCUGUUGCCUUCAAUGCCUCAUAACAAUGGCGAUGAGUAUGUUAGCAUUGUGUUCGACGAAGAUAUGAAGUAUAAUGGAGGAAGGCGUACAGGGUCUGAACACGCCCAGCCUGUGAUGCGUGGAACUCUCCAUCUCUUGCACCAACCAGUCCUCUGCCUUGAUAACCCUCGUAACCUCCCCCGCAGCUUCUCUGCACCAUUGUCCACCUCUACCGAAUAUGUCAGCAUGGACUUAGGAAAGUCCUCAUCUCCCGUAACUCCAGCCAGGUCUACUUUGAACACCCCACAAGGUUCACCAGCUGUUGCCCCCAAGGCCAAACAUGAAUGCAGCACAUCAUCUCCUCUGGCAGCAGAAGGCAAUGCAGGUUACAGAGCAAAAGUAACAAUGACAGCAUUGCCAACGGAUGUCCCUACCCUAUUUGCCGACGGCAAAAGUUCAGAUUCCAGCAUGUCAGCAAGAUUUGGAAUCAUCUCGGGUCAACCCUUAUCUAUGGAUCAGGAGACCGCCUUUUCCCCAGUCAAGGCCUUCCAGUCACCUGAGCGUAGCAGCCGCCUAGUCCGUGGUGAUCUACAGGGACGACGGUCCCACCGUUCAGAGACGUAUAGCUCACCCUCAUCUUUACCACACCACACACCCUCUUCUACCUCCAUCUAUCCAGAGGGCAGCCAAGGAGCGAGCCAUCGACUUGGGAUGGACUGCUCACUGUGGGAGAAUGGACAGGCAGCUAGUUUGUCUACCACAUCUACACCACAAGCCUCCACCUCAUCUGCUGAACAAGGCCUUAACUAUAUUGACCUUGAUUUGGCCAUUAAAGAGAACCCUCAAGCUGGAGCCGAUCCUGCUUCUGCUGCCUACAAUAUGACAGGAAGCAGUUUGGGUAGCAACGCUGGCUCCAGUCUCAACACAUAUGCCAGUAUUGAUUUCUACAAGUCAGAAGAACUGAGGACGCACCAGAACAGUCGGAAGGAUGGUUCAGAUUGUUGAUUUCCCUCUGGGUCUUGGAUCAGCGCCGACAGCUCCACACUCAGUUUGUAAAGAGACGCUCAACUCGUUGAUCUUUACGCUGGAGUUUGAACACUGAAACUUAACUCAUAUUCACUCCAUUCUCUGGUUCCUGUCAAUCAAACGUGCCAAAUUCACACACAAACACACUGACACAGGGUAAGGAAAAGAUUUUGUCUUUUUGCCUUGUUUUGAAAGAAAACCUCAUUUGAUCAUCAUGAUUGAAAAUCUAACUUCACUAUAAUCUGUUAUUCUUCUUAUUCUUAUUAAUAGUAGUAAUAGUUCUUUUUAUCCAUUGGAUCAUAGCACUCUAACAAUCACUUAGGCAGAGUCAUAACUAACCGCUGCUUUCAGGGAAUCCCACAAAUGUCAGAAAUUUCUCUUUCUGUUGAUGAAAUAUUUAACUGUGCCAUAUUUCCUCAACUUGGAUUUUUGUGUGAUUGGUGCACGAGCUGAUCACGUAAGGUCUUGACACAAUGACAACAGCAUUUUUAAACAUUUCUAUUACAAUGUCGCAAUGUUCAAUUUUUAUACACAUUCAUUCUUUGUCCAUAAUAUAACUUAAAUGAUCAUCAGAUGUCACUUUAAUACACAAUAAGAAGAAGAAUGCAGCUUGGUGGAGGUUUCACACUCACAUAUGUCAUCACUGCAAAUAUAUUUGCUUGUUUUUGUACACAGUUGCCAAUAAUAUCUUUUACUUCUUGACCAAUUUUCUUGUGCUACUAAUGGAAUUCAAAAUGUACUUAAUUUAUGAGACA